CGCGCGCGGCGGGGACGCGCCCAGAGCGGGCGUGUGCGGUCCCGCCCCCUCAGACUCCCAUCAAAGAAGGAGGAGCGGCGCUGCCGGCUGCUGCGGACUCCUUGACGGACGGACGGACUGACAGACAGACAGACUGACGGACUGACAGACGGAUGCUCUAAGGUAAAGAAGCGGGCGGGGAGAAGCCCUCGGGGGCCCGGGCGGGGGAGGCUGCGAUGCCCGCCCCCCACCCCGGCCUCGUCACGGUCAGCGGCCGCCCGUGUCCCCCCCCAGGGCCCACGGACAUGUCCGAGGCGAAGCAUCGGAAGAAGGCGGGCGCCAAGGGGGCGCCCCCGGAGCCGGGCCGACGCGGCGAGCCCGGGCAGCCCCCGGAGCCGGCCCGGGGAGCGGGAGGCGGCGGCGGCGGCGGCGGCUGGGCGGACCCGCGGACCGUGCUGUGCCUGCUCUCCCUAGGGACCAGUCUGGCCUUGGCCUGGUUUGUAUUUCAGCAGUCAGAAAAGUUUGAUAAUGUAGAAAAUAAAUACCAGAUACUGAAAUUGGAAGCCGCAGAGUUCCAUAGCCUUCAAAGUCAAGUCGAUUUCAUUUCUGAAAAGUGUCAGAAGUCUGAAGCUAUGAUAAAACAGUUGAAGGAUUUUCAGAUCAUUGCUCAUCUAAAACGUCUUCAGGAAGAUGUUUAUAACUUGAAAACUUGGUCCAACAGGAUAACUGAAAAAAGGGAUAAGUUGAACAACAACUUGACAGCUCUUUAUCAAGCAGUUUCAAACACAGACCAGAGUACAUCUUUCCUGGCAAAAGAGGUUUCCCUCAAGAUUACAGCUGUCAAAACUGAUAUAAGGCGUAUUUCAGGGUUAGUAACUGAUGUAACUUCAUUGACAGAAUCUGUACAAGACCUGGAAAGCAAAUUAGAAAAAGCAGAACAGAAUACAAUCAAAAACAUAGGUGACCUUCUUUCCAGUAGCAUUGAUCGAACAGCAAAACUAAGGAGUUUAGCAUCUGAAAAUUCAGAAAGAAUUCAGGUUGCUAGGAAGAUGCUUUCUGAACUGAAGAGUGAUUUCACCAAACAUUCAGAUAGACUUUUAAGCUUAGAAAGUGACAGGGCUAAAAUUCUGAAAACAGUGAAUUUUGCAAAUGAUUUAAAGCCUAAGGUUUAUAACCUCAAAAAGGAUUUUUCCCGUUUGGAACCAAUGAUAAAUGAUUUAACCUUACGCAUCGGGAGAUUGGUUGCUGACUUGCUACAAAGAGAAAAAGAAAUUGCUUUCUUAAAUGAAAAAAUAUCUAAUUUAACUAUAGUUCAAACUGAGAUUAAGGAUGUGAAAGAGGAAAUAACCAAAAUUUCAGAUUUAAAUUAAUUCAGGGGUCUUUAACCUUUUUUGUGUCAUUUUUAAGUGCAUAAAAUACAUAGGAUCGCAAAGGAAACCAACUAUCUUAAAAUUUAUUUUUUGAAAAAAUGUGAUUCAUGUACCCCAGAUUAAGAAUCCCUGAAUUAAUUGUUUUCUGUUACCUAAAUUGGAAAAAAAACUGACUAAUGAGACCUCAGUCAUAUUAUACACCUAUACAAACAAUUUAAAUUUAAUACUUAAAAUAUUGGAAGCUUCCAAAUUUCUUUUUUGUAUUUGAUAAAAUGUGUUAUAAAAGUGUUGUUUUUUUUUAGUGAGCUGUGUGAAAAUUGAGUACUUCAGUCAGCAAGUAAGCAUGUACUCUCAUAUUUCUAUCUAGUUGUCAGAACGUUACUGGGAGACAUUAGUAACUUCUGACAAAAUUCAGUCCCUGGCGUGAGUUUCCCUAUUGCCAUGGUGGGCUGAGCAAACUUUGGAAUGCUUCAACUCCAUUAUGUGACUCUGCCACCUUCAGACCCAAUGUUUCACUCCGUUCUCAGAGCCAUAGCUGUGCCUACAUGUAUUAGGUAUAGCUAGCUAAUCAUCACCAGGAUUCAGUUUCAGGUUAUCAGUUACUCAACAAGCCCUCAGAGAGCUUAUAAUCUAGUUGGUUCUGAGAUAGAUGUACAUAGAUAGCUAUAGAGAAAAUAGAUACAAGGAAUGAAGGUGGGUGAUCAUGAAAGAUUUCAUGUAGAAGACUAUCACAAAAACGUUAUUUAUUUGUGUAUAUAAGAUGUAAUAAGGUACGCCAUGUUUUUGCCUUCUACUAAAGACCCAAGAUUUCAAUAUCUUCAUUGAAAUAGUCUGCUGGUUGUAAAAUUAUGUGGUUGUGGUUGUAGUUGUGGUUGUGGUUGUGAAAACUUAGUUCCAUAGGCUGGUCUGUAAAACUGGAAUGAUUUAAUCCUCAGAGUGGGCCACUGCCAAAAAGAGUGUCUGCUGACUUAAAAGUCAAACGUCCAUUCCUGGAAUCCAAUAGGAAUUAUGAGGUACUAGAGAGUAGAAUGAGUUGUGAGAUCUUGGAGAUCAGAUCUAGGGAUCAGAGCCUUGCUUUCAUAUUGACAAACUGUGCCACCGGACUGUGGACAAGUCACUUCAACCUCCAUUGGGGAGGAAUAGGGACAACAUUUGCUUUACUUGCUUCCCAGGAUCUUUGUGAGGGAAGCCACGCAACCCUUAAGGGGGCCCAAUAAAUGUGAGCUGUUAGAUGUAGUGACUUUUUCUUUUCCCCAGCAAAGAUUGGUUGGCCUUUGAUUCCAUAAAUGUCUGUUGGGUCUUUUCUGUGAAUGGCACCUCAAAUACUGUGAGGACUCAUAGACACAAACAAAUAGGAAACUCAGUGCUAUAAAGUCAACUCUUUAGCUGGACAGUUCUUUUCACAUUUGAAGAGUCACAAGGCUCCUAAGUCAAACAGCCCUGGGGCGAGUGGCUUCCCUACAAGCCGGGGACUUCAGGAGAAUUUAUUUCAAUGAAUUCUAGGGUCUUCAAGAUCAGGAAGACGUCUUCCCAUCCAACUCCUGUCUGGCAUUUCUUGUGUCUUAAUUGGGACCAUCUUCCCUACAACCAUCCUAUGAGGAAAGUGAGGCUCAGAUAAAUGAAGCGAUUUGCCCUAGAUCACAUAUCUAGUCAGUCUUGGAGCUGGGACUCAUACCCAGGGCUCCUCGAGCAUGCCCUUUCCCCUGCCCCACAUGACUAUACAAAAGAACAGAGGAUGUGAACAAUAUUUGAGUUGCAGCCCCUUUCAAUCCUGAACAGAAUUUUAUUUUCCAAAAUAUAUGUAAAAACAAAAUUUUAACAUCAAUUUUUUAAAAACUUUGUGUUCCAACUUCUCUUCCCCCCUCCAUUCCCACCCCCCACCCACAAGAACUCAAGCAAUU